GCAUUUUCGGGACAGGUUUUAUUAAAUUUAGCGAUGUUAUAUUAUAUACAAAACAGAAUAAACUUAUUCGCAAAUAGGCUCGAUUGGUUGUAAGACGUUGUACUAAAACUAUGCAACUGGCUCCCAAUCUGCUUUAGAACAACUAUCUCCGUUUUGUUUAUUGGGUGAGCGAGAGAAACGUGCUCAGUAAUCAACUCUCUACUGUACACGCUUUGACAAUCAAUGAAAAUAAAUACUCAAAACAACACACUUUUGCACACACACACGCAACACAUUGCUCUGCGAGGAACGGCUCAGAUUGUAUUACAAACACUUUAUCAUGGCAAUAUAAUCUACACCACUUCGAAAAGAGAGAUUGAAAUGGACGCGUGAAGAAGUUUUGUCGAGUUUUUGGGGCCCGCUGCUCGUUGGAAUCGUUCGUGUGAAGUCGUACAAUUGGGCGUAACUGUGGUGUGAAUGAAAUGUUGUACGAUUUGUACCGUAAUUCGUUGUUAAAAUCACAUUCAGCGUGAACUGCUCCGAAUCUCGAGAAUCUGCAGUUGUGUGCGCGCGUGUGUGUUGUGUUUCACUGUGUGUGUGUAUAUGUGUAAAGCGACCCUCUCCGGUGCAUUGCUGCACAUUGAUUUUGUCUUUUAAACAGUGUGGAAGGGAACGGUUGUGUUUGGUGUUGGAGGGAACUAGUGAAGUGCAUCUUGAAGCUUUCUUUGUCCUUCAAAUCAGCUCACGGCUAGGCUACUGUAGCGCCAAAUACUGCCCCCCGGUCUGUUGAAACUGCACCCGGUUCCGGAUGCACCGUGCAUGGUUCCGUGCCCGGGUGCAGCAACUCAGACGGCCAAUGGUGAUCGAUUCUAGUGGCCGCUAGGAUUGCAAAGCGAGAGUAAAAGAAGAGCAACAGCAUCCAACAGCAACCCGUAUACGCACGUAACCCACCUGUCCUCGGUUCCAAUCGGAUCGGAACAACCAUGUCCAGCCGUGUGCGAAAACACAACGAACCGAUGAAGGCAUUCGUGCCCGUCAGCUCCCUGCUGCUGAGAGGAACCGGAUCCAUUCAUUGUUCGGGCGGAAGUUCCGGUACGAGCGCUACCGGCCAGCAAACUGGCAGUCCCAGCAGCACUAGCGGUGCGGCCAGUACCGGUUGCGGAAGCACAUCGUACGCCACCGGAGCAGGAAAGUCCCUCUCGGCAACGCUGUCCCCACCCGUCCGGCAUAUCUCACCGGAACAUGCCAUCUGUGGCAAUCGGAGCCCGGGUGCACUAACGUGCAAAGGAAAAAUUCUUAACGACGGUUGCAUACGACGCACCGCAUCGCUCGAUGCACUUUAUCUACGUCCGGCACCGGCCUGGAGCCUCAUCACACCGACCCUACUGCAGCUGGACAAAGCGACACAGACGGAGGAAUCGUUUCUCGAGCGAACGCGUGGCACCACCGGCACGAUGCUUUCCGCGGCCCAACCGACCGACGUGACCGGUCCGUCCCCGUCGUCCACCUCGUCAUCACCGGUAAUUACCCGUACCGAUGCCACGACCCCGACUGAUCUGAAGAUGGAGAAAGUGAUACGACAAAGACUGCAGCGUACGCAUCGCGGUGAACAUUCCGUUAGCUCCCAGACGCUUAGCCCUAAUCAUGCAAAAGCAAGCCCAGUAUCGAUACCAACACGUACCUGUCCGCCCGUACACAUACGGCCGAUGCGUAACUCUGUCGAAGGUUUGAAUCAGGAGAUUGAAAAGCUGGUCCUGUAUCCCGGCCAGCAGCACAGCUGUCGGGCCGAGUUGGAGAUGUACUCACGCGGCACGCCGGAAGGACAUCGGGCACCGCUGGCCGAUCUGUUCCAUGGUGCCGGUGCCGUUUCGCUGGUCGGCGGUCCAGGUGAUACGCGCUCGGUCAACACGCAAACACCGCUCGGCGAUACGCUGUCUUCGGACGAUGGUAGCCAGAGCACGUCCCCGGAUGAGGGUGCCGUCACGACGAGUGCAUCGCCUAGGAUCAAUAAAUUCCUAGCCCGUGAACCACCGGAUGGUUGUGAAAAGGUUAAUUUAAAACUCACUGAAGCCGAUACCAGUACAAACACGGCCUGCUUCAAACCGUGCACUACCGCAUUCCAGCUGAAGCCAUCGUUAGGUUCCGCAUUCCAGCCGCUGCAACCGUUACCGACGCUUAAAACAACACCGGAAGACGACGAUGGUGACGAUGGGGAAGUAGCAGAAGGUGCUGCAGCAGUCACCGCUUCCACUACCGAGUAAAAACGUGCUAGCAAAGCUCGCGUACAACCUAAUCGUGUGUUUAUUUGUGUGGUUUAAAUCGAUUGCUUCGAAGCGAACUUGUUUUCCGUUUGUUGUGGCCAUUACUUUUUAAAUCUUGAAAAUAACCUAGAGUGUAAAAGUUAGAUUGUAACGUUAGCGGCUCAUUUUUAAAACGUGUUUGAAAAGUGGAAACAUUACAGUGCAGACGACGUCUAAUGUAUCGGUUUUUAUUUGGUUCGUUUCGCGUAGAUAUUACUACGGUUAAACAAAAGAAACGUUGAUAGUAAUUUGCAGAAGAUUACGUACGAUAGCUUUGUUACAAACAGCAAAAACAAAACAAACCAGAAGGAAGCUUGUUCUACAUGGAACAGGAAGAUGACUGAGAAGGAAUGUGAAUGUGAAUAAUAUACAAACAAUUUUGUAUGGCAUUUUUUCAAGACAAGCUACAAAAGUAUUUGCUUUUACUGCUCUGCGCCACGAUAAUGCCUAUCGAAUGGGUAGAGGAGCAUCGAGAAACAGGAAAGUCUACUGUACGAGUCCGCACAUCAGCAAGGGGCAAUUCAUUCAAACAGAUCGAUGGUAGGGACGCUACACAUCUUGUGAAGUAUCAUCGAACGCAAAAAAAACACACACAAUCGACAGCCGGUGUCUGUCGACAACCUAGGGAAGUAUCUUCCCACGUCAAUAAGCAAAAAACCGUGCAUCUCACGAACUCAAGUAGCAUUUUUUGGAAGACAUUUUUUUUCUAUCAAAAAUACUCUACAGUGAACUGGUAUUCGCAUACACACCACACCACGAGCGCCACAUCCAAUCUUAACCUACUAAAGCGGUUUAGAGCGAGUGACGCCUUGGUCGUGUUUUGCUGAAUAUAACAAUAAAUAACCAAAUCCUAUAUACACACACACAAACAGCAAACAGCAAAACCAAACCACUAAAAGUCACAUAUAUACAAAUAUUGAACAAAUGCACACGGUUAAACGAUAAACGGACGACAUUAUUAUUGCUUGUAUAUUUCAUAAUAGCGAUGAUGAUGAAUAACAUAAUUAUGAGGCUCUCCAUCACGAUAGCGAUGGUAUCGUCGUGCAUUUUUGUUUUGUGUGUGUGUGUUAAUCUGCCAUAAAAGAUACGUACGCAGUUAGUACACGUUCUGUUACUGCGAGUUCAUUUGCGCUGAUUUUUAAUUUGUUUCUUUUUACUUGUUUUGUUUUUUUAUUCCGCAACUAGAAUGUUUAAGCUUUUCGUCCGCUGUGGUCAAAAUAACGAUAUAUUCGAUUGUAGGUUUAUGUGUUUGUGUUUUUUUUUAAUUCAAUUAUGUUUAUAAAUAGAGUUUAAUGAGCAUUUUAUAUAUUUACAAUUGGUCUAUAAUGGCGUCACGAAUUACUGAAGUCCUGAAGAAGAUAACAAUAAAUUAAUAAACAAUAAUUACACUUACAGUAACGACGAAAUAAAUUGCAAAUGAAAUCAACAAAAUACACACACACCCACACUCUAACAGCAAAGAAAUUCAAACCGGUCAAAUGAACAAUAGAAACCGAACAACAAUAUAGAAUCAAAAUAACGCAGCUGCAUUUAUAAGGAGCGUACCAGGAUUCCGGAACAAGCGAAUAUUUAUAUUUUCUCUAAGAAAUCUUUUCAACCAAGCGUAGAAGAAACAAAACAGAUAGGUGAAAAUGGAAUAGACAAGUGAAGAAAGUAAAGACUAGAAGCAACACACCACACACACACACACAUGCAUAUAGACACAUCCAUUAUUAGAAUGGUAAAAAAUAGUGUACGGACCAACAGUAACUAAAAAGCAGAUGAAUGAAAUCGCUCCAAGGUACGACAAAGAUCUUAACAAGAAGUUGCAAACAAACGUGAAAAUACAAAACCAUUCCAGGCGGUUAUGUUGGCGCGACGAAAAUGAUUGAAAAAGGACAUUUUGUUUAACUUUGUGUUCUUGGUUGUUUGUUUAGAGGAACUUUUUUCUUUCUAUUUAAAAGAAGCGCAUGGAAGCAAAUGUGUUUGGGUUAAACGAAGGCGUUACACACGACAUUUACGCUUGUAUCGAAGGAUUCGUGAACAUCUACCAACUCCCAAAUGAACAAUGUACAAAUCAAUCGACUUAAGGAUUUACUUUAAGCAACUAGUGGGCAACACAAGCAGAGGCGAAACCAAUCAAUCGCUGACGAGGCUUAGAUCAAACCUCACAAGCGCUUAAGGCGUAUCCGUUACGUACACAUCCAACGUCCUUAGCGAUACAUUUCCUUCGAAUGUUUCGUUGCAUUAGUUAUGUAAGCAAAUGCAUGCCCUCUUAAGCCGGGAUUAAGCCGGAAUUAAACAGGGAAUUCAUCCCUGGGAUUUUACCGCAGCUUGUUUUAAAUCAUGUUACAAAUUUAUUAGUUUAGCUUGCGUUAUAGUUAUCUUUUAUCAAAACGUAAUUAUUUUAUAGAUUAUUACCUUUUUUUCAUUCAUUAAACAUAUCGUUUUAGCAAACCAUUUGUGUUUUAUUUUUCUAAUGUUUAUUUUCUUUCACAUUUUGUUGUCAUUCUAGCGUUCUAUUCACAUAUUUAUAUGCUUUCAUUUCAGUUUUUACUACUUAUCAACCACUGAGCUUAUCCAUCUUUAACACACAUCAAUUUCAUUAAAACAAAAAUCGGAUCGUAACGAAAAGAGACAAGCUCUUGCCCAAGCGGAAAGAAUGCUGAGAAAAUUGUUGACUAUCCUUUCGCGUGAUUGUGUGCCCGGUCGAAAAAUUAGAGCUUCUGGAUGUUGAGUUCGGGUUUGAAGGUGUAACGUUGCAUGCUUGCAGAAGUGUCUCCUUAGCAUCCCCAAACGGUAUGUACGCUAAAACUGUAAAACUAUCUCUAGAAGAUCGAUUUUAUUCUAACUAACUAUUUUAAGCGGUUUGUUACAUUGCACGCAACAAAUGAAACCAGAAAAAACACCCCCCACAAAAUGUUAUCAAACUUAUGGCAAAAUUGUAAACGGAGCACGAAAGAACAAAAUGAACUGAUUUAUGUGUUAUAAUUCGUUAUGAACGAAAAAGAAAUAUGAAAAUCGGACGGUUAUGCAUGAAGGAUGACACGGAUAAAGACCGAAACAAAUUCACGUAACACAUAUAUACAUUAUUAUUUAGCAUAGGUUACGAAAUCGAUACAUUAUAAGCAAGAAGAGAAGAGCAUAUAUUUAUUAUAUAUUUUUUUGUGAAUGGAAACAAAUUCCCCAAAUUGGCAAAAUUACGAAUACGAAUACUACGUGUUAUUUAUAUCCCGAAGAGAGACACUAGAGAGUAAGCAAAUCCCAACUAGUAAUAAAUGCGGAAAAAAUGGUAGUUCAAUAAUCGAACGGUACCCAUGUUUAGGCAAAAUCAUCAAACGUAUAAAGAACCCAUCAAUUGAAACGGUUUGCUAUUGAUAAUGCGUCAAAUUUGUACGAUAUUAUGUUUUAUUUUGUCGAUGGAAAAUUAACACUUAAAACCACAGUCCGCCACGUGCUUCAUUUCAAUUUGCGCUUGACUGUGUUAGUCUGUGUCUCAAUGUUUGCGCACUGUUAAGAGAGUGCUGCGUUAGGGGUUUAUUCUAAACGAAAGCAGAAUGACCACAGUAAACACACAUACACACAUUCUCACAAAGAAAACAAAACUAUAAAGUGCACAUGAUAAGUACAUAUAUUUUGGGAUACGAUACGAAAACAAAAAAAAAACAAGGAAACAAAAAACGUGCGAUAUAAAACAUUUAGCGAUAACAAAAUAGUAACAACCGUACGCUAGGGUAGCGUUCAGGUUAAGCAAAUUUAAAUGUGACAUAGUAACGCUGGCUCUACACCGUCUAACAUGAACGCUAAUAGAUAGAUCGGUUUGGGAAAAAAGGUAGCAAAAAUUUAAAAAUCACAUAGAAGAAGAAGAAAACACACGGAAAACAUGUGCCUCGCCUUUGGCUAUUUUGUAAAAAGAGAGAGAAAAAAAAAAUCAUACGCAUUACGACAAACCAAAAAACAAACAUACACUGAUAAAUUAACAACACCGAAACAGUUGCGUCAUCUUUCUAGCACACAAUCAUAUAUAGCGUAUGACGAAAAAUCACCGACAGCAAAAACAAAACACAAGAAAAAAGAAAGCAAAUAGUUCAUAAUCUAUUAGUAAAACUGAGAAAGAAGAGCAAACAAAAAUAUAAACAAAUUCGUAGCCAAAUUUAAAACAGUACACCCACUCACACGUACAUACAAUGUUUCGGAGGUUUUGCGAAAACGAUAGACAAACAACAGCAACAACAAAAAAAACAGCAGUAUGGUUAUAGAAAUAUAGAAACUGUUUCGGAGCUUUAAAUAAUAAAACGAAAACAAAACAAAAACUAGAGGAAAAACUAUUUGUGUAAAAAUAAAACUAAAAGUUGUGUUUAUAAACUAUUAGAACUGUUCACAUCAAAGGAUAAAGAAGAAAAAACAACUAUUCUAUAUUGUGAAAGAAGUGUAGGAAGGUACAGAAAUCACAUAAAACGAACCAAGCACACACAGCCAUAGUAAACAGGAAACAUUGAGACAACAGACUAGAGCAGAUCAGUUCCCAGCAGAAUCACAUACGUGUAUGUGUGUGUGUUUAUGAGUGUGUGUGUGUGUGUGUGGGUGUGAGUGGAAAACGAAACUAAGUAGACGCUGAGAGUGAGAGACUGGAAAAGCGGGAAAGCGUACUUAGCGGUUCACUUUCUCCAUUUUUUUGUGAAACUAAUAAUUCUGAACCAACAUAAACACUUUAUACGCAUACGGAGCUGUUCUUCUGGAACGAUUUUAGGCAACACACAUAAGCACACAAACAUGCACACAUACAUACACGCAUUCAUAAAAAAAACUGUAAGUAAACACUUGUAUAGCGAAACACAUAAACAAAACAAAACAAAGAAACGGUCAUUUAGCAGGGUUGUGGUAUGAUAAUUGGUUUGUUUUCCGCUUUGAAUUGGACAGAAGAUAUUGGGUUUCCCCUUUUUAAAUCACUCCGCACAUGUAAAAGCGCAACAGAACGUAACAUUAUACAGCAUAAGAUGUUGAGUGAGGGUUAAAGUAUUCAUGAAAAAAGGAAAAAAAAACAUAUAAAAUCAAUUUGCAAAACGAAGCAGAAGAAGAAAAAGAAAAACAACAACAAACAAAUCGGAAAAUAGUAAACAGAAAGCGAAAAAACAAUAGAGAAAACAGGAUCAAACCAAAGGAUGAGCGAAAACAACAAAAAAAAAACGAAAUGCUUCACUAGUUGCAUGGAAAUAAUACACAUACAAAAACACAUGCGUAUAUUUUAAAACAACUUCAAGCGACAACUACAAAAAAUGGUACCGACAUAUCUCAAACCAAGUAGCAAGUGGUAAACGUUAAAAAACAAAAUCAACACGAUACGUUGCAGUACGUACUGCACCUGAAACGUGUACGCGUGUCAUCCGUAGCUGGCGUGUAAGUCGCGUUCAUGCUUACCCGCACAAGAACAAAAUCGAAAGGCGGGAAAAGAGUGAAUCCUCUCGUACCAUAAAACAAAAACCAGUUGUGGUGUUGGAUGAAAUAUAUUUUGCUCACAUAUACGUUAUUUAAAUAAGUUUUGCGAAUGGCAAAUGGUGACUGAUUGCAAAGGACUGAAAUGUGCAUGGAAUGUGCAAAUGAAAUGGAGAAGAAAUGGAAAACAUUUAAAAAACAAGUAAAACGAUACACUAGUAAACAACAGUGUUGAAGUGCAAUGGAUAAUGUGGAACAGUUACGUAGAAAAGAAUAGAACUGCACUGCAUUCAAAAAUAAGCAGAACAAUUUGCAAAUAAUUGUGAAUCUAUAAACAGAACAAAAGUAAACCAUUUCCAACAGGUUAACAGACAUGUAAAACCCGUGCAAAACAAAUAGCAAAGUGAAACAGUGAAAACAAACAAACAAUACAAUACUAAAUAUACAGCAAAUCAAGCGGAACACAGUGUGGAAACAAUAACAAAACGA